AAUUCAAUUUACUUGCUUGUUUAUCAACACGCGAGGCUAUUUUCUAAUCUCACGUGAUGCUAACCACCUUCACACUCAAUGGCUUCCAACGUUGAUGUGGAAAUGAAAGCUCUUGAGCAACAGAUCUUUGAGGAGCUCGACCCGAACCAAGAGAGUCCCAUCGAUGUGCCCCUCACACAUUCAGAGCAACCAGAAACGCAUGUAGAAGAUAAAGGAGACGAAGAUGAGGAGAUGAGAGAGGAUCCAGCGCGAUUUCCUGUUAUAGUCCGCACGCUUCAGCUGAUUCGCGGUUGGGCGCGAAGACGUGUCGCACCCGAGCCCGAGCCCGACCCGCUUCUCACUCGACUCAAAAUCGCAGAGGCUGCGCUCCCCGACGAGUUCGCAGCUGAUGAGACGAGCGAAGCGAGUGAUGGUGCUCGUACUUCCGGUUCGCGGUCGCCAUGGCUACUCAACCCCGCCUCGAAUUUUGUGUAUCGCUGGUUGUUGGUGGUGACGGUGGCUGUGCAGUAUAAUGCGUGGUUUAUUAUUGCGCGUGCAGUUUUCGAAGAGCUGCAGACCGAAUACUUCGCUCUGUGGUUGACACUCGAUUAUGUGUGCGAUGCCAUUUAUAUUGCUGAUAUGGUCUUCAUGUUCAGAACAGGAUACUUGAGUGAGGGAUUACCUGUGAAGGAUUUGACGAAGUUGAGGCAUCACUACAUGAAGAGUCGAGGAUUCGCUUUGGAUGUUUUGUCUAUUUUGCCUCUCGACAUAUUCUAUGUUGUUACUGGACCCAAUGCUGUGGCUCUGCGGUUGCCAAGGCUGUUCAAGUUUCAUCGCCAAUUUACUUUCUUUGCAAAAACAGAAAGCAAAACAAGCAAACCAAACGUUCUCCGCGUCAGUCGAUUGGUCCUCUACAUCAUGCUCAUCAUCCACUGGAAUGCCUGCAUCUACUUUGCAAUAUCCAACUCGAUGGGUCUCGCAUCCGACCACUGGGUCUAUCCUGGAGAAAUCCAAGCCAACGACACCAGCUGGCACUCGCUCACCAGGAAGUACAUCUACAGCUUUUAUUGGUCAACACAAAUACUAACAACUAUUGGAGAGCUGCCAAGUCCACAAGAAGAUCUGCAAUAUGUGUUUGUCAUAUUCGACUUCCUGAUCGGCGUUCUGGUCUUUGCUACAAUCGUUGGUAAUGUGACAUACACGAUAUCAAAUAUGAAUGCACAGAGGAACGAAUUUCAGGAUCGUAUGGAUGGUAUUAAGCAAUACAUGCAUUCUCGAAGUGUCAGUAAGGAUAUGGAGGAUAAGGUGAUCAAGUGGUUUGAUUAUUUGUGGACGGCAAAGUAUAGUUUGAAUGAGCAGCAAGCGUUGGAUUCGUUGCCAGAUAAGCUGAAGGCGGAUGUUGCAAUUUAUGCACAUUUGAGGACGCUGAAUAGGGUUGACAUAUUCAAAGAGUGUGAGCCUGGCCUUCUCGUUGAGCUUGUUGUCAAACUCAAACAUCAAGUCUUCUCCCCAGGAGACUACAUCUGUCGUAAAGGCGACGUCGGUAAAGAGAUGUUCAUCGUACAAAGUGGAAAACUCCAAGUAGUAGCCGAUGACGGAGUGACCGAGCUGGCAACUCUCACAGCAGGUUGCUACUUCGGAGAGAUCAGCAUCUUGAACUUGGGAGGCGUGGGAAACAGACGAACAGCAACAGUUCGAGCACUCGGAUAUUCCCAUCUCUUUUCACUGGCAAAGAGAGAUCUCCUUGAUGUUCUAAUGGAAUAUCCUGAUACAAAGCAAAAGCUGGAGGAGCAAGGCAGGCGCAUAUUGAUAAAGGAUGGAUUGUUGAGGGAAGGUGAGGAGCAUGUGGACCAACAUGUGACAAACAGAAAGGACGUUCUGAGCAGGUUGGAGUCGGUUGAGAGAGAGAUUGCAAAGUUGACAGCCAAACUGUCGAGCUUGCAAGGAGAGUUCAACAGCAGUCAGAUGAAAGUGAAACAGAGACUAACAUCGUUGGAAAAGAAAACAGCCUUGCUACCAAGUCAGCGAUGAAUAUCAAUGCACAUCAAAUAUAUCAAUACGUAUUAUGCAUUGUACAUGUAUGUCUGCCACGCAGAUUUUAAAAAGAAGAAAGUUAGUUGAGACUUUGAUUUUAAUAGUUUGUAAUAAAAUAUAAUGCUAGUCACUGG